AUGGCUGAAUCAAGGCCUCUUCUUUCAACUGUUCAGACAAGACAAGUGUAUUUAGCUUGCCCUGAAUCCUUGGAUCCCCUAUACCACAAACCUACAGAGCCCAACACAAGACAUCGCUGUCCGUCCUUCUCUCAAUCAAUUCGCUCUGUUGGCCCAGACGAUGUGGACUAUAUUCCAACACAACGCCGCAACUCGCGCGACAGCAUUACCGAGACACUACACAAUUUCAUGGAUGACAUUCAAGAAGAGCAGGAUGAUGAUGAUGAGGAUGAGGAUGAGGAGGAUGAUGUAGUCAAUGCAAAAACCAGAUCAAAGCGUCAGCCCACCGACAGUGUUGCCUAUGUUCAACGUCUGGAAGACUUUUUUGAUCUCUUUUCAUCUUCUCUCUAUCUUGAAAAUACUGUAGCUGUCGCUAGAGAUCAUAUGGCCAAUGAGCGAACUUACUUGGCCUGGGUUAGAACUAGUUUAUCCAUGAUAUCUAUUGGUGUUGGUAAGUGUACUGAAACCAUGGCAAUCACACAGUUGUUUCGUUUAGACAAAGACAUGCUGAAAGAUCCUGCAAUGGCAGAUGAUAUGUUUGCUAUCGGAAAGCCCUUGGGAAUGGCGUUUAUUGUCAUUGGCAUGUUUUACAUGGUGUUUGCAUUUAUUCGCUAUUUUCACUCUCAAGUGGCCAUGACAAAAGGUUAUUUCCCUGCUAGUCGUGGCAUCAUUAUUGUUGCAUCGACUGCUACUCUCACUGCUCUCCUCACCGUGUUCAUGGUCGUUCUGCAGAGACACUAG